UACAUAAACAUUUGAAAUGACAAUCUGAAUAGCACUAAAGAAUUUGUGAAGUUCCCGCGAAGUAAUUACUGUUUUUAUUUGAAUUCUUCCGUAACUAGAAUGUCAAGAUACUAAGUAGACGAUGGAAGUCAAGUUUGACGGCGGGUUUACGUUUCAAAACACAUUUGAUAUCGAGUAUUGUGGCAAGGAUAGGGUUUUAUUCAGAUAGUAUGCUGACCGCUGGUAUGGGAUUUGUGAAAAUUCGGACCAUAGUAGUUUUGUUAUCGCUGUCUUUAAGUUCGUCGUUGGUAUUAUGGUGGAUAACACCGCCGGACUACUCCAUGAAAGAAAGGGAAACUUCACUAUUGAUAUCAGAUAGAAGGCAGGCUUUGCUGAAAACGUUUGAGAGAGUUCAGACAGAAAACACAGAGCUAAAGAGACAACUUAAAGUGGUGCAAAAAAGAUUAAAAGACUUGUAUGAAAGAGAUAGCCGUAGCCAACAAGAAGGAAACAAGUCUACUGCAUGUGAGAAUGACCUUUUCCUUUACCGUUGUGAGGUUAUACACGUUGCAGUGGUCUGUGCAGGUCAUAGUGCAAGUCGCCAAGUAGUCACUCUUAUUAAGUCUAUUCUGUUUCACCGCCGCAAUCCACUCCACUUCCAUUUCAUAUCAGAUAGCAUAGGACAGGAGAUUUUGAGUGUCCUUUUUCAGACAUGGGCUAUUCCAGCAGUUGAUACUAGUUUUUAUAGUACUGAAUCAUUAAAGGAUAAGGUGUCCUGGAUACCUAAUAAACAUUAUUCUGGAAUAUUUGGUUUAAUGAAGUUGGUGUUAACCGAAGCUCUUCCACUAUCACUCGACAAGGUACUUGUUCUUGAUACAGAUAUCAUAUUUGCCUCUGAUAUUGCUGAACUGUGGAGGAUGUUUGAUCAACUUACAGGAAGAAAGGCUAUUGGCCUUGUAGACAACCAGAGUGACUGGUAUCUUGGCAAGUUAUGGAAAAACCAUAAACCCUGGCCUGCUUUGGGAAGAGGGUUCAACACAGGAGUUAUACUUCUGGACCUGUUCAAGUUGCGGCAGGGAAAGUGGACCAGUCUGUGGAGACUGACUGCUGAGAGGGAACUUAUGAACAUGCUGGCUACCUCUCUUGCAGAUCAGGACAUAUUUAAUGCAUUGAUAAAGAGUAAUCCUCAUCUGGUGUUAAAGCUGCCAUGUACAUGGAAUGUUCAGCUUGGAGACAACAGUCGUAGUGCUCACUGUUACAAGGAUGUCUCUGAAUUAAAGGUCAUUCACUGGAACUCCCCGAAAAAGCAGCUUGCAAAGAACAAGUAUGAAGAGUUUUUCAAGAACCUGUAUUUGACUUUCUUGGAAUAUGAUGGUAACUUCUUGAGGCGAUGGAUAUUCUCUUGUGAUGAAAAUGAUACAAAGUUAAAUAAAACCACAGAUGGAGUUAAGCAGCAGCCAUCAGACAAGAGUGCAGGAAACAUGGACAGUGAGGAUGCAUGCUAUGAAUUCAACCAGGAGCAAGAUUUGACACACAGGACUCAUCUAUACUAUCUAGAUUAUGACUUUUCACAGGCUGUUGAGCCCUCAGACGUUACACUAGUAGUCCAGCUCUCUAUUGACAGACUGCAGAUGAUUGAGACUAUUUGUCUCCACUGGGAAGGUCCCAUAAGUUUAGCUUUGUACAUGUCUGAUAGUGAGGCACAACAAUUCCUAAGCUAUGUUCAAAGCUCAACUGAAUUACUGAAAAGAAAAAAUGUUGGAUAUCACAUUGUCUUCAGGGAAGGACAAUUUUACCCAGUAAAUUAUCUCAGAAACAUUGCUUUGGAACAUGUGCGCACUCCAUAUGUAUUUUUGAGUGACAUUGAUUUUGUACCAGGGCCAGGAGCGUACAGUUCUCUGAGGCAGUGGUUAAAAGCAGCUUCAAACAUGAACAAAAAGGCCUUUGUUGUUCCAGCCUUUGAGACUCUUCACUACAAAUUAGAUUUUCCAAAGACAAAAGCACAACUGCUGUCACAGUGGGACCUGGGUUCUAUAUUUACAUUUAGACACCAUGAGUGGAGUAAAGGUCAUGCAGCAACCAAUUAUGCCAAGUGGAGAACAGCUACCACUCCAUACACUAUUCAGUGGGAAGAAGAUUUUGAGCCUUAUGUUGUCGUAAGAAAUAAUGUUAGCAAAUAUGACAAGCGUUUCGUAGGAUUUGGUUGGAAUAAAGUAGCUCAUAUAAUGGAAUUACAAGCCCAGGGGUAUGAAUUUGUAGUUUUACCAAAUGUGUUCAGCAUACACAUGCCACACUCACCUUCAUUUGAUAUAUUUAAGUUUAGAUCCAGUGCAUUGUACAGAAGAUGCCUCAGUAGAUUAAAACAAGAAUUUCUUCAAGAAAUGAUAACAAAUUAUGGAAGGGAACAUUUGGGAGAUGUGGACAUGGAUAGUUAACAACUGUUAUCUUGGUUUGUUGUAGUAGUUAUACAAUCAUAAUUUUGUAAACUUAUCAGUUUUGAUCAACAGUGGAAAACAAAUAUACUUUGUAUUUAAACAAGCUUUGAGAAAAUUUUACCAGGUAACAAACCAAGUUCUGAGAGGGUUUUAUAUGAUUCUUAAAUCAGAGAAGAGCAGCUGUGUCAUUUUAGAAAGAACAAGGUAGCCUCUCAGCUGUUUGUGUUUUAAUAAAAUAGAGUUCACUCUCUGCACCCCAAUGUGGGCAGCCAUGUUCUCCAUGCUUUUCUCUCAACAUUUCCUACAGGGCUGAGUCAGACAUGGAGAACUUGUUCACCUAUCAAGUGCUUCUCUAGUUGGCAAUCAUUUCCUUUAAUCUCAUGACCAUGAUUUUUGAUUCAGCGGUAAUACUUAAGGAGAAAUUAGGUUCCCACCAUUAUAAGGGGUUCACUCUUUCUUAGCAAACCCAAAGCUAAGCUUAAACAUUCAUGGUACAGAUGGAAAGGAUAUGAAAACAGUUACAUAAUUUUGUUUUUGUCAUAAGUAAGCUGAGUUAUUUACAAACUCUAAUAUAUAACAUCUUUCUUCAGUUCAUUUCCAAAUUCUAUUAAUUAAAGAGAGCUCUUUUAACUUGUGAGCUUUCAUAUCCCAGUGAACACAUCAUUGAUACAUGAGCAAGAUUGUUUAAUAACAUUUUCAAAGCUGUCUGAAGCAGUUUUAUAGAGAGGUUUUCUUCUAAAGGUUUAUUUUAUAGUACAAAUCAUUGGAACCUGUAAAAGUUGAGGUUACAGUUAUUUAUUUUUAUGUGUGCCAAAGGCAUAAUAAUUAUGUUUUAUUUGAGUUGAGCAGAGACAGGAUUAAUUACUUUAUAUUUCAUGUGAGGGGCUCUUAUUCCUUGUUGAUGCAGUGUUGACUGUAUGUCUUCCUCUGAAUCUAUUUUUGUCACAGUGAUGAGAAAAAUCAGUCAGGUUGCAUCCACAAAAUAUAACUGGAAAUUAUUUACCCUUGAAUUCCAAAUCCAUGUAGAUCAUUCUAAUUUAUUGAAAUUUUAUUUUAUUCUUGCAAAGUUUGGGGUUACAAGUCAUAAAUAAUUAUUUGAUAAAUUCAUGAUUUACAGUAAUUAACUGUAACAAUAAUCAAAUGAUUCAACUAAUAAAAUUGUUUAACUGUU